GAAGAGAGGAAGGCCAUCGAACACGACCACCGAUGGGAGUUUAGUAUAUGCUACAUGGGUCCGAUCUUUGACUAGCUGUGGUGGUGCUGUCAGUGUUAUUUGGCUGUACGGUGAAGCCGAACGACGAAUCCUCGCGAUUUGACCAGUGUGCACGAGUUCUCGAGGAAAGGAGAGGAAAGGGAGAGAGGAAGAGGAGACGAAGGGUAAAAGUGUGAGAGAUCGGGAGAGGAAAGAAUGGAAAAGGAAUCGGGAACGGACGUUGGACGUUGCUCUUGAUCUCUGUCCAAGGGAUAUUGGCCGUCUCGUUCCGCUCCUUUUUUUUUUUUUGGCCUCGUAUGAGAUACCGGCGGAAGAGUCUCGGUGCACGAGUGCCUUUCCCGUCGAGCGAAGGAAUAUAGCGAAGGAGGAGGCGGAGGAAGAUUCUGUUGUCCUUGAAAUUCGAUCCCCGCGCGAGGAGAAUGAAAGAAAGCGGUUCCACGAAUUUCCAUGCGCAUCGUUGAGGUCGAAGGAGAGUUUUGUUCGGUGGCAAGGAGCGAUGAAUGAAUGAAACCCGUCACGUGCUAUCUCGAGGUAUUGAAUAGAAUUCCUGGACACUGGAGAUAAGGCCCUGAUUGUAUUUGGACGUGUCUCGGUUAAUACUCGAACGAACGAGCGAUGAACCCAGGAAUCCGUACCUGAUCACAACGAAAACCGCAAUUCAACGAACAGACUUAGGCUGAAAGUGCGAGAUUGAACGCGUUCGUAGUUUUCUAGACAGAGUAGAUGUGUUCGAGUGUGAAACGAAAUAAUACGAGAUAAUACGAUCGCGCCGAUCACCGAGAGAAGCCGAUUCGUUUCAGUCGAGUCGACGCUCGCAGGUUGCCGUCGCUCGCCGCAACUUGCUCCUCAGUUUCUCCGUUCGACGGAUCCCCGGCUUCUCCGCCUUUACAACGAAGAUAAGUUAAAUUUACGUCGCUCGUAAUUCUAAUAUCUAUCGACGAACCAUCAUUUUCCACGGCAUUGUCAAUGAUGGAGAUCUAUGAAAACACUUAGAACCGGUGACGGGUUCCCCGGUCAGUAAUCUUCGCUUUAUUACAAGUCGAGACUCGUUGUAUAUUUUAGAAAAUCAACUUUGAACCGCUCAAUUAGCUAUCGUUUCGUAGCAAGCCUAUCGAAGUAGAGAUCGAUUUCCUUUUCCUAUUCUCGAGUCAAGAUAGAGAAAUAUGCGAGUGCUCGCCGCAAACCGUCGGAUCUCGAGCAAGCGUUGUGUCAAGGCCUAGCCACGCCGAUAGCCUCGUUCUUUUCUAUUCCUCCUCGUUUCGCCGUACAGAAAGAGAAUCGUUCCACAAUUUUUGAUCGUCCGUAAACGAUCGAGUAACGGUUCGAACGAAACCCAACGAAUUCGAGCCUUUCUCCAACGCUCGGAAUCUUAGAGAGAGAAAGAAAGAAAGAAAAGAGAAAAAAAACAAAAGUUCCUACGAAUCGAGGCUCGAUCUCGAUACGAAACAGCAACGAGAAAACAACUAUUCGAAACUAUUUGAUCGAAUAGCUUGCCAGACGGAGAAACAACGAUCUUCUUGAAACUUGUUCUUUCAACGAGUCAACGCUCAACAUGCGCCAUUGACCAGGGGGAUUGGAUAGAAGAAAAAAAAGAAGGAUCGUUGCGACCGCGAUAUUAAACGAUAAAUCUCGAUAAAAGGGAAUAAUGCCGUUUUGAGACGCGAUAAUAAUCGGUGAGAAACGCAAAGAUGCCGCAGCGAUCGCCGUUCGCGAUCCAGGAGCUGCUGGGGCUGAACGGUACCGGAAACGGAAGCGGUACCGAUCGCGGCUCGCCCCAAGGAUCACCGCCGGCCGGCGUCUCGGCCGUUUCUUACGCGCCCACGGCGCCUCAUCACAAGCUAUGGGACUACAUGCCCAGCCUGACCAAUCAUCUGGGCAAUCUGGGGAAUCUUGGGAAUCUGGGCAACCUCACGGCCUCGCGGAUGGCCUAUCUGAAUGCGCAGGCGGCCGUCGCCGCUGCCUUCCUGCCGCCGCCCCACCCCCACCCCGCGCACCACGUACCGCAUCAUCAGGUACAUCAACCGGGACAACUUCCGGCCUCACCGGCCGGUGUCAACGUGCAUCCGGGUGCACACGCGCAGCAUGUACUUCCGGGUACCGCAGUCACCGCGAACCAUCAUCAGCACAGUCCGAGUCAGCACACGCCACCCCAUGGUUUCUCUCAGUCGAAGAGUUCGUUCUCAAACACAAGCCCAGGUGUCGGGCACAAUAUAGAAUCCGGGAAAGACUUCACGGUCGACGGUCUCUCCGGUUUCAGCAAAAAGAAGAAGAAGAAGCGUCGUCGUUGCUCCAGGACGAUCUUCACGUCACAGCAGCUGGAGGAGCUGGAGGCAGCCUUCAAAGAAGCCCAUUAUCCGGACGUGUACGCUCGCGAGAUGCUCAGCCUUCGAACCGAUCUGCCCGAAGACAGGAUACAGGUCUGGUUUCAAAAUCGAAGAGCAAAAUGGCGCAAAACUGAGAAGUGUUGGGGCAGAAGUACCAUAAUGGCGGAAUACGGCCUGUACGGAGCUAUGGUGCGGCACUCGCUACCGCUUCCGGAGACCAUAUUGAAGAGUGCCAAGGAGAACGAGUCGGUGGCGCCAUGGUUGCUAGCUCAAUCAUCUAAGACGAGCAGCUUUAGUCAAGAUAUCGAAAAUAAUCAAGAACUGAUUGACUGUGGCCCCGCAGGGAUGCACCGGAAGUCAAUCGAAGCAGCGGAACACCUCAAGUCAGGCGGAGAGGACAGUGGAAACGAUCAUAAUGGAAGCGGAAGCAGCCCCCAUCAUAAUCAUCAUCAAGGUGGACCGACCAGUUCUGAGAGCGGACAGGAGAGUCAGGACGGCAUGGGGCCCUCUUCGUCGACAGGAAUCGUUCAGGACACGGAGCAGCUGAGGAACGAGAGCAUCGCCUGUUUAAGGGCGAAGGCUCAGCAGCAUCAGCUGCAAUUGAGCCUACAACCAACGGCUGCACCCACCAGCACCUCGUAUCCAACAGGCCCACAAUCGAGCACGCUUCACGCCCCCGUUUAAUCAUCGUUUCAUCGACAUUCCUUUCACACGAAUCAUCGAAACUAGGAGACGUUCGAUUAACUUAGAGAGAACACAAUCACGUUCGAAACUUUAACAGUUCACGUUCCCCGAUAAUUUCGCGAAUCAUCCACGCGAAUCUCCGAUAUUCGACUCGGGGGAUCACGAAAUAUAUAUAUAUAUAUACAUCAAUGUUCCCGGGAAAAUCAUGUUUCCCGCCCGAUCUUUGCCAAUAGAGAGAGAGAGAGAGAGAGAGAAAGAGAAA